AAUCAAUUUGUUGUUGCUAUCAGAACUCAAAAAUUUUCAUUCAAAAGCUGUAUAUUUAUAUUUGGCUUAUUAUUGCUGCAUUAUACAUUUUCUAAAUAUGUACGAAAUUCCGCAAUGUAUUUCCAACGAUUCCUUCGAGGCGGUGCCUCAUUCGGUCUCCGGUCAAAAAUCUCAUACGUCCUCUGUGUCCCUGGCGAAGUUGCCACGCAAGAAGCUUACACUGAAGAUGAAGCGGAAGCAACGAAGGGAAACGUUGAAGAAUUUGCCCCCAUUGGAGGCGAAUCGUCUGCUGAUGUGGCGCGAACAUCGCCAACGCAUGCUGAACGUUGUCAGUGAGUUGGACAGAUCUCCGCCCACCUUUCAGGCAGUGCGUCUGACCGGCGUGAAUGUGUUGCGCGAGAAUGCGGACACAUUUAUGCAACGCACCCGGGAUAAUAUCCAGAUGCUGGUGGGUCUCACGCAGACAAUGCGCACCCAUGGCGUCAUCAAUCCCUUCCGCUACGAGGCACCGUUUGUCAUGUCCGCCGUGCCAGGCAUCAUUGGCAAUUUGGAGCGCAUGGAACGGGAUAAUAGAGAUCUAGGCAGACGCAUCCGAGAUGUGGUUAGCGAAGUGGAUUCCGGUCUAAGGCCAGAUGCCAAAGGCGAUGAUCAAGUGCAAACUCAACCAUUUACGAUGCCCAACCAGGCGUUGGCCAAAUACAAAGCGUUCCAUCUCAACUUGCCCACCACGGACAAAGAGCGCUGGCAACUUUUCCGUCCGCGCAUCUACUUUGACAUCUAUCUGAAGGAUACACGGCCGCUUGGCCGUUUUGUCGUGCAGCUGUACACUGAGGCGGCACCGCUGGUGGUGCUCCAUUUGGUACGCUGUUGCAUGUGCAACAUGCACAAUAAGUUCCUGAUCAAGCGACUCUUUCCUGGCCUCUGGCUGGACGUCGAGUUGCCCAUAGAACAUGAAUCACCGUUGCAUCGGCGCCUGGAAUACGAUGGCAAGAUCAUCGACCAUGGUGCCUACGACUAUGUGCUCUCCUUUAGCAAGGAUCACCUGCAGGGUUUCCGUGACAACAUGUUCUUCUCGGUCUCCUUUAAGCCCCUCAGUGUGGUGAAUGGUUCUCGCGUUGGUUUCGGUCAUGUCGUCAAGGGUGGCAAGAUCCUCGAGUGCCUGCAGAGCUACGGCACCAAGAAUGGCACACUCAGUCGUGGCAUUCUCUUCACCAGUUGCGGCGUUCUUUAAUAUUCACUUAGUUAAAAACUAAAUUCCAAUUAAAGCAAAAGUUGUCAAUCACCCGA